AGCACGAAGCGCGAAGCAUGCGUUGCAAGCGCUCCGACGACGCACUGACCCAAAGUCCGUUUGCGGCUGCCUUCCACUCCGUCAUUCGACCAGGCCCCAGGCCCAACUUGGUAUUUACUUUCACUCGGCGCGAACAAGCACACGCCUGCGACAACAUACAUAGUCGUCUCCUCAUACUCACAACACACUCCCUGCACUUCUCGUCAGUCGUCACACGCCCACCUUGACGCUGCCUUGACCGGCCGACUCUCCCGUCAUCAUGUCUCUGUCGGCCUCCUUCAAGACCUUCAAUAGCGACUUCUCCGCCGCGACCACUCGCAACACCCAGCAGAAACGCCCUGGUGCUGCCGCCGCUGUUCCUCUCCCUGUAUCACGCCCCGCCACUCCCUCGACUCAACCCACAGAUCUCAAGCGCAAGCGCCAGGAUCUUCCUCAGAAUGCCGCCUACUCUCAGCCCGUCGACACGGGCUCGGGCAAAGAGGUCAUGACCCAAGUUGUCUACGCCAUCGACUAUCUCAAGUCAAAGGACCGUCCCAUCAACUUCACCGAUAUAUGGAACUACCUUUCAAUCCCCGCCAACCUGCACCAACAUCGCCAAGUCCUGCGCAGGGCGCUUAUGGAGCACCCCAAAGUCGAUUAUGACCCAAAAGGCCUGGAUGGAACACACCCGUCUUUCCGCUUCCGUCCCGUUCACAAUGUCCGCUCGGCCGACGAUCUGAAGGCAUACCUGCAGCGCCAGUACACCGCUCAGGGUAUUAGUGUCAAGGAGCUCAAAGAGGGCUGGCCUGAUGCAAUCCCUGAGAUUGAACGCCUCGAAGCAAAGGGCGAGCUCUUGGUUGUACGACAGAAAAAGGACAACAUUCCAAAGAUGGUUUGGCCGAACGAUCCCUCUCUCGACCAGCGCAUUGAUCAGGACUUCAAGGACUACUGGUCCAAGAUCACUUUACCUGCAAACCCCGGCGAACUGAGAGCCGAGCUUGAGAAAGCUGGUCUAACUCCUACUAGUCAGGUUAAGGAGGUCAUCAAAGUUUCUGGCGGAAGGGACAAGAAGAAGCGCACUUCAAGAAAGGUCGGCAGAAGCACAAAUACUCACAUGGUGGGCAUUCUCAAGGAUUACUCUCAGAUGAAAAAGUAGCCGCGUCUUCUUACUUUCAUUUCUCUCUAUUGAGCUUUUGGUUUUAGCGCGGCGUUGGUCAAGGAAAGCAUAUCAAAGGAGUCUCAUGGAAAUGCCGGGCAGUUGACGGGUGCAGCGGCAGCAAAGGAUGUGCCGGCAGUCUGUGGCUUGCAGUGUUCUUAGGCACAUUUACGCAUCAAUACAAUUGCAAAACACAAUCGUC